GGCGGGGCGCCGGACCCCCAGGUGGAGCGACAGGUCUCGGGCCCUCAGGCGGAGCGGCGGGGCGCCGGACCCCCAGGUGGAUCGUCUCGGGCCCCCAGCGGAGCGGCAGGCGUCCGGACCCCCAGGUGGAGCGGCAGGUCAUUUGGCCCUCAGGCAGAGCGGCGGGCGCCGAUCAUCUGGCACGGCACGGGCACCGCAUCAUCUGGCAAGGCAGUGGGCUCCGAGUCAACUGGUAUGACCGCGGGCACUGGGUCAGACAUUGGAUCGUCUGACUGGACAGCGGGCAUCGGGUCACCAGGCAUCAGGUCAUUUGGCUCAACAGCGGGCACCGCGUCAUCUGGCAAGGCAGUGGGCUCCGAAUCAACAGGCACGACAGUGGGCACCGGGUCAUCAGGUACCGGAUUGUCUGGCUCGACAGCGGGCACUGGGUCACCAGGCAUCAGGUCAUUUGGCUCGCCAGCGGGCACCGCGUCAUCUGGCAAGGCAGUGGGCACCGAGUCA